GGAUUUCUUUUAAUAAUAAAAUUACAUUUUACGUGACCGUUUACACGAAACUUAUUAACACAACAGUUGUGAAUCUCAAAGUAAUCUAUUUGGCGCAACUAUAUAUUAUAGAUACUUAAAAAGACUAAUUAUAAAAUGCUGAGUAAAUUUUUAUGCUAAUUCAUAAUGAGCACUCAUGAACAUUCAGAUUACAUUGUAAGUUCAGAUGAAGAAAAAGAUUUUUUUGAUGAAGGAGGAUCACCAGUAAAUGAUAUUUCUUAUGAAGGAGUUUUAUCAAAAUGGACAAACUACUUGCACGGAUGGCAGUCUCGGUAUUUAGUUUUGAGAGAUGGAACUCUUUCCUAUUAUAAAUCUGAGUAUGAUACUGCUUAUGGAAGUAGAGGGUCUGUCAGUGUCAAGAAAGCUGUAGUAGAGGUUCACGAGUUUGAUAGUUGCAGGUUUGAUGUAAAUGUCGGAGAUUGUAUUUAUUACUUAAGAGCUCCUGAUCCUGAUGAGAGACAGAAGUGGGUUGAUGUACUGGAGGCUUCAAAACAGGUAGAAUCAGGCUAUGGAUCUGAAUCACAUCUUCCUAAAGCUGUUUCUACAUUAUCUCUUGUUUCACAACCAAGCCUUCACUCAACAUCAUCUUGUGUGAAAACCAUAGGUCUGCGAGAAAAACUUCUUGAGUUAGAAACGUAUCGUGAUAUAUUGUCACGACAGACUGAUACUUUACAAGAAUAUUUUGACAGUUGUGCUGAAAAAAAUGCUGACCAUAUACACUAUCCACAUCUUGACAUGAAAGAAGAUGAAGAAGACAGUUCAUCUGAAUUAGCAAAUACAUGCAACUACGAUAAUUCUGUAUCUGGUAUUGAUUUUCGAGGUGAAGCUAUUACAUUUAAGGCCACUACAGCUGGAGUAAUUCAAGUUCUCUCACAUUGUAUUGAAACUAUAACAAAAAGAGAGGAAUACUGGAAAAGAAAACUUGAACGAGAGCAAGAGAAAUGCCAUAAGUUGAUUGAGCAGCUACAAGAAUAUCAAGAAGAAAAAAAGCGUCUAGCAAAUAAACAGUUUAUUGGAGGACCUGAUUAUAUGGAAGGUCCUCACAGUAAACUCAAUGAAGAGCAAUUUUUUGAUGCUGUUGAUAGUGCCUUAGAUGCUGAAGAUUUAAAUGAUGAUUUAGAUGCAAAUGAUAUUGAAAAAGAGAAUAUCCCCCCACCAAAACCAACAUCUGAAAUAAUGAACAUGCCAAAGCACAGAUUAUCAAAAGAGGUGGAUAGUAAGCUGAAAGAAUUUUUAACACUGCUUAAAGAAAAUGUUGAAGCUCCUAACUCUGGAUGGGAUUUAGUUUUUGAAGAUGGAGAAAUGCGGGUUUAUCGCAAAGAUUAUGAAGUUGAUACAAUUGUAUGUGAUCCUAUGAAAGCAUCUCAUGUUAUCCCUGGUGUUACAGGGCGCGAAGCCUGUCAUUACUUCUUUGAUAAAGAUGUCAGACUUGAUUGGGAAAUUUCUGUAGAAAAAGUAAAGGUUAUAGAGAAACUCUCAGAGAACACUUUAAUCUUUCAUCAACUGAUGAAACGUAUUUGGCCAUCAGUGCAGCGAGAUAUGUGCUUUGUUUCUCAUAUUCGUCAACUUCCUAAAGAUGAAGUUGAUCAUCUUGAUAAAGAAAUAGGACAUCCUUGGACAGUUGUCAAUAUUGCAACAGAACAUGAUGAGGCAAAGGACAACAAGUAUAUUCGUGCUGUAGCAAAUGUAAUUAUGGUUUGCCAGACUUUUGCUAUUGGAGAAGUCAAAAAGAAGAAAUAUACUAGAGAAAAUAUUGCAUGCAAAAUCACAUACAUGGCACAAGUUAAUCCAGGAGGCUGGGCACCACCUACUGUUGUUCGCCAAAUGUCAAAACGUGAAUAUCCCAAGUUUUUGCGAAAAUUCAGUUCAUUUGUGCAAAAUGUUACUAAAGAUAAGCCACUUAUGUUGUAAAAUCUGUUAUUAAAUGGUUAGAAUUUAGAUGAAAACAGAUAUGGAUUAAUAUUGUAUCCAAUGGCUUAAGCAAUUGUUUCGCUCUGAACUUAAUAAUGUUUUUGAACAAAGAAGACACUUAAAACCUAAAGUGGUUGUCGCUAAGUCACAUGACUUUUGUUGUCAUUAUGAAAACUUCUAGACAAAAAAUUGUUUUUUUUAUUUUUAUAAAAUUGUCUGAAAGCAAGUUGUAAAUAUAAGUAUAAGGACAAGUCAAAACAGUAUUGAUUUUCAUUGAGAUAGUAUCUGUUAUUUUCAUAACAACUAUUAUUGUUACAUCUAAAAAUAUUUAUGAACAUAGUAUCGUUGUUUGAUAUUUGUUAUGAAAUAUUUUAAUUAUUGAUAUUGCCAAUUAUUUUCAUUUAAAAAUUUAUUUUGAGUUUUGACACUAUUUGAUUUUUCUAUUUGUUUAAAAUUCAAUUUUUUAGGACAUAAAAACGACACCUUUUAUUCAAUUUUUUUUCAAAAUAUAUGUAUAUAUUUUUAAUGAGAACACUUACUCAUUUUAAUACUAAAAGGUCUAUAAUUCAAAAAUUGACCAAUCAAAAUCAUUUGCAUUUGAAAUUUUUUAAUUUUAUUUUUUCUUAUAAAAAAUAAGCCAUUGUUAUUAAAACUUCAAUAUAUUUUGAAAUUUAUAUUAACAUAUAUUUAUAAAUUUUAUUACAUGAAACAUCUAGAAAUGCCAAAUCUCUUUUCUUCAAAUUCUUCUAUUCUCUAAUUUAAAAAAUAUUCUUGAAAACUGAAACUACUUACAUUUUGUAAUUUAUAAGGAUAAUCUUCUAAAUCUUUUUUCUCUAAUUUAUUGUCUUUUGUUUUUUAUUUUCAUGUAAAAAAUUAACAUAGAUGUAAAUAAAUGUGUCAGUUAUUUCUUCUUUUUUUUCUACAGUUUUUUUUUGUAGCAGUUGCAAUAUUUUGUUUUAUUUAGCAAUAUAUUAUAAUUUAAUGUUUCUUGUUGUUAUUUCUGUUAAUUUGUUAAAUGAUUGUAUUUAUUUUCAAAAAUUUUUCUACAUAGUUUUAAAUGAUUAGUGUUUAUCACUGGUAAAUAUAAA